AGGACGCAGUACUGCAGUUCAGACCAGGGCCAGAGCUGCACAAUGACAGCUCCUGAUUGGCUGCUGCCCGUCUUGCUCUCCCUCUCCUUCCUCCUCCUCUCGCUCCUCUUUGGUUUAACCUUUUACUGCCUGAGGAAGAGGAGCCGAGACCGGAGCCGAUACCAGGAGCUGAUCAGUACCACGCCCCCUGUCCCAGCAUGCACCGCUCCCCUGGUGCUGGUGUCACAGGGAGCAGUCACCAUUCCUGAUGAAAUUCCAUUUGAGAUUCCUCCUCGGUUCCUUUCCCACAAACCUGAAGAUCUCCAGCCCAAAGAAGAACCAGGACGACCAGGACCGGCUGUGAACCAAAAGAAGGAGACCCAGAACCACCGCGGGUCCUUGUGCGUCAGCAGCUGGUAUCCUGUUGGCUCCCUCCGUUCCUCCCUGUACUCCUCCUCCCCCUCACUCCCUCCAUCCUCUCCUCUCUCCUCCUCUCCUCUCUCCUCCUCUCCUCCCUCUCUCGCUCCUCUCCUGUGCUUCUCAGUAGAAUACAGACAUCACUCAGAGCAGCUCGUCGUUUCUCUUUUGCGCUUGUCAAAUCUUCCUCUCUGUUUUCACUCAAACUCGACUCUCAUCGAGCUCCGCCUACUCCCCGACGACCGCCGCCCCCAACAGGCCAAAGCCCGAAACACAGGCCCCCACCCCGAGUUCAACCACUGCACUGUCUUCCAGGUCUCUCCUCAGACCGUGUCCUGGUCCGUCCUGAGUCUGGUGGUGCAGAGUGUGGGGGCAGACUCCAGACACAGGAGGGUGGGGCAGGUGGAGGUCCCUUUAAGAGGAGACCUGUGUCACACCGGGAGAGUCCUGUGGAGGGCGCUACAGACACAACAGCACCAACAGCAGGGUCCUCCUCUGGGGGAGGUGCUCGUCUCUCUCGGUUACUCUCCUCACAGACUCACAGUGGGCGUGGCCAGAGUCAGAGGACUGCACCGGGACAGCAGCAAAAACUCAGGGUUUGUGGUCCAGGUCUCGGUCCAGGUCCAGUCUCAGGUUCGGUCUAAACUGGGUCCAGUCCUUGAGUCCGAGGACGAUCUGAGUCUGAACCUGAAACACUCGUUUAAACUGAAGCAGAGUCAACUGGAGCAGAGCUGUGUGAGAGUACAAGUACUGCAUAAAGACAAGGCCACAGACUCCUGCGUCCCUGUGGGGGCCAUGGUCUUGGGGCCCUUCAUGUUCUCUCGGGGCCCUCAGCUCUCUCACUGGAUGGACUGCCUCUCCGCUCCAGCAGGGGGCGCAGUGGAGCGGUGGCAUCCUCUGGGGCCCCCGGUCUGAGCUACACACACCGUCUAAGAGUCUGAUACACACACUUGAAUAUAA